GCGGCGGAGGAGGUGGCGCGGGCCGGUCGGAGCUCGGCGCUGCUGCUUCUGGUACUCUUGUGGCCGCCGUCGCUGUCUGGCUGUCUUGCACCGCCUGCGGACGAGACGCCGGCCACAGCACCGCAGCCCCGGACGCAGCUCGGCGCGGGGCGCAGCGGGAGGGUGGGCGAGCGCGGGUCGGAGGGCGCCGCGCGGGCGGGCGGGCGGGCGCCCGUGAGUGAAAGAGGCGGGGGCGGCGGGGCUGCCGCGGGCCCGGCCGGCCGGGGGAUGUCGAUGCCUGACGCGAUGCCGCUGCCCGGGGUCGGGGAGGAGCUGAAGCAGGCCAAGGAGAUCGAGGACGCCGAGAAAUACUCCUUCAUGGCCACCGUCACCAAGGCGCCCAAGAAGCAGAUCCAGUUUGCUGAUGACAUGCAGGAGUUCACCAAAUUCCCCACCAAGACUGGCCGAAGAUCUUUGUCUCGCUCCAUCUCUCAGUCCUCCACUGACAGCUACAGUUCAGCUGCAUCCUACACAGAUAGCUCUGAUGAUGAGGUUUCCCCCCGAGAGAAGCAGCAAACCAACUCCAAGGGCAGCAGCAAUUUCUGUGUGAAGAACAUCAAGCAGGCAGAAUUUGGUCGCCGGGAGAUUGAGAUUGCAGAGCAAGACAUGUCUGCUCUGAUUUCACUCAGGAAACGUGCUCAGGGGGAGAAGCCCUUGGCUGGUGCUAAAAUAGUGGGCUGUACACACAUCACAGCCCAGACAGCGGUGUUGAUUGAGACACUCUGUGCCCUGGGGGCUCAGUGCCGCUGGUCUGCUUGCAACAUCUACUCCACUCAGAAUGAAGUGGCUGCAGCACUGGCUGAGGCUGGAGUUGCAGUGUUCGCUUGGAAGGGCGAGUCGGAAGAUGACUUCUGGUGGUGUAUUGACCGAUGUGUGAACAUGGAUGGGUGGCAGGCUAACAUGAUCCUGGAUGAUGGGGGAGACUUAACCCACUGGGUUUAUAAGAAGUAUCCAAACGUGUUUAAGAAGAUCCGAGGCAUUGUGGAAGAGAGCGUGACUGGUGUUCACAGGCUGUAUCAGCUCUCCAAAGCUGGGAAGCUCUGUGUUCCAGCCAUGAACGUCAAUGAUUCUGUUACCAAACAGAAGUUUGAUAACUUGUACUGCUGCCGAGAAUCCAUUUUGGAUGGCCUGAAGAGGACCACAGAUGUGAUGUUUGGUGGGAAACAAGUGGUGGUGUGUGGCUAUGGUGAGGUGGGAAAGGGUUGCUGUGCUGCUCUCAAGGCCCUCGGAGCAAUUGUCUACAUCACAGAAAUUGACCCCAUCUGUGCUCUGCAAGCCUGCAUGGAUGGGUUCAGGGUGGUAAAGCUAAAUGAAGUCAUCCGGCAAGUUGAUGUCGUAAUAACUUGCACAGGAAAUAAGAAUGUAGUGACACGGGAACAUUUGGACCGUAUGAAAAACAGUUGUAUUGUAUGUAAUAUGGGCCACUCCAACACGGAAAUUGAUGUGACCAGUCUCCGCACUCCGGAGCUGACUUGGGAGCGAGUACGUUCUCAGGUGGACCAUGUCAUCUGGCCGGAUGGCAAACGCGUCGUCCUCCUGGCAGAGGGUCGUCUGCUUAAUCUGAGCUGCUCCACAGUUCCCACCUUUGUUCUGUCCAUCACAGCUACCACACAGGCUUUGGCACUGAUAGAACUCUAUAAUGCACCUGAGGGACGCUACAAACAAGACGUGUACUUGCUUCCUAAGAAAAUGGAUGAGUACGUUGCCAGCCUGCACCUGCCAUCAUUUGAUGCCCACCUGACAGAGCUGACAGAUGACCAAGCAAAAUAUCUGGGACUCAACAAAAAUGGGCCAUUCAAACCCAAUUAUUACAGGUAA